CGCUUGUUAAUGAGUGCGUGUGUGCACCUGGAGCUUUAGCUGUAAAAUGAUCACUUCUCAAAAACUGCUCUAGAGCGUGCUCACACUCACGCAUAAGUCAUUCGAGCCUCUUCAGAUAAAAUAUCUCAGAACAAACUAGUAACACACUGAAAAGAACCAUGACAACUCCCAGAAUGGUUUGUUUCAUGUGCUUUGCCUUACUCUUGGUAAUGGCACAUGCUAACCCAAACGGCACUGACGAAAUAUCAAAUUUAACCCAAACUAUGGCAAAUGAAAAUAAUUCUACCACACCAACAUCCUACAAAACUCCAGAGACCUAUUCUCAAGGAUCUGCAAAAUCAUCAAUUCAAAUACCAUACUGUACACCAGCCCCAACUGAACCCAUGAAAGGACAGUGUAUUUUUUUUCUGCCAAACAAGGAAACAAUGGAACUGGUUCUGGCUGCUCUAACAGUGGCCUGCUUUGCACUGCUGCUGACCACACUGAUGUGUGCCUGCCAGGUUUGUCACCUGAGAGGAAUCAUCUCCAGGCUCAAGCCUCAUCAUGACAAUGCAGACAUGCGUGCCUUCAGAGAGUGGAGCGAAUCGCCAUUCAAGGACAAAGACCAUGCACACAGGAAGCCAACUGAGACCUGCGUCAUGCUAUCAGAGGUCACCACAGCACAAGAGGAGUGGAGAGAGGAUGAGGAGAGCGUUCUGGAGGACAAGGCUGAGGAUGAAGGAGAAACCGAGCACCCCAAUGCAGAGUCAUCUACAGAUGGCCCAAACGGUGAUGUCAACCAGGAGAACAGCACUGGAGUCAAGAUGAAAGAACUUGACACAGGAGCACCAGAGAGCAAGGACGCAGUGGUGUAAUCAGUACCACAGUUGAGCGAACUGGUGUCACACAGCAUCCACUGGUGGCAUUUAAAUCUAUACCUGCUUUAUUUAAAGGUAUAGUUCAUUAAAAAAUUAUUAACUCACCUCCGUGUUGUAAAAAAAAAAAAAAAAAAUGACUUUCUAUCAUAUGUAGAAGAUUAAAAGAGAUAUUAGGCAGUAUGUUAGUCCCAGUCACCAUUCACUUUUAUUGCAUUUUUUUUUUCUUCUGUACAUUGAAAGUGAAUAGUGGCUGAAGUUGUCAUUAUGCCUGGCAUCUCCUUUUUGUGUUCCACGGGUUUGGAACAACAUGAGGGUGAGUAAAUAAUGACAAUUAUUUUUGUGUGAACUCUCUCUUUAACUGUUAAGGCUUUGCAAUUCUUCUGAAAAUGACGUGAAAUGGUUUCUAAUCUACGAAUAUGGUUCAAAGACUGCUGUUUUACUUCAUGAAAAACGACAUAAAGACCAAAUGUCUGGAAAUACUGAAAAAAAAAAAAAAAUGGUCAUCACUUUCAAAAUUGCUUUUCUUCAUUAAGAGCUAUCCACAAUAUUCCUGAAUCGUUAUGUUAUGGACUAACGCAGCAUUAAAAAUGAUGGAAACUUGAGAACGAAUGAUCACAGAAUUAUAGCGAGGCGAUAUUGUUCUUCCUCACCUAUCCGUUAAUGAAUACGGAUUUCAGGAUGAUGGCCAAAUAUCGCAAAUAUAGAAGCAUUUUAGUUAUUUUGUUGAGUCUUUAUCCAUCAAUGGAAGAACCUGAGCAGACUAACCUGAAAACUAUGUAGCCUAUUAGCGCAUUUACAGCUGUAAAGGUGGACAUAUUUUGAGAACUGUAGAUAAUUAUGGUUAUUUUAACUUACUGCAGAUACAGGGGAGGUCCAGACAGCAGGAUGCUCGUGUAUUGCAGGACUCAGAGAUGAUACUGUCAUGCUGCCGUUUUUCAGAUAAAAUACAAAUAUUUUGUGGGAGAUGAAUGUGUAGUAAGCUCAAUCUAGCUUUAUAAUUGUUAGUUUACAUACAUAAUCUCCAUAUCUAAAUGCUGUAACCUACAUUAAAUGUUUUAGUGUUGACUGAACAACUGAUCCUGUUGAUAAAUUGAAUUUAUUGCUCUUGUGUAGGAAAUAACGACGUAUUAGCAGCCACACAAUAAACUGUACCAUACAAAAAGAACUACAUGCAAUACAAAUAAACAUAUUUAUUUGGACAUACAUUAUAAACACUGUACACUAAAGUUCAGUGUUCUCUGUAAAGCAACUAUAAAACAGUAUGAAUUAUUAAAAGCACUGUACAAAUAUAUUUAAUUGAUACUGAUACUGAAUUAAUGUCCACACUGUUUUCCAAAUCACCUUUUCACCUUAAGGGAAGACAUGCACAUUCUGCAAAGACACUCAAAAGAAAGUGAAUUGCAGGCAGGAAAAAUGCAGGAAAGAGGAAAAUCAUAAUACAAUUAAUUUCAAAUGUGAUAAAACAUCUCGCUACUGCCCAUGUCUCAUCUAAUAAUUAUGGUCUUCCACUGUAGAAUUAUCCAUUUAGCAUCACAGCAUGAAAACAGUUGAAAGUUGAAAACAUCGUCACUACUCACAGGCAGUUCAGGAAAAACAGUUCCUAUUUACACAGUAAUAAUGCCAUUUCAAAACACGUGAAGCCUUCACAAAAGCCAACGGUGAAUAGAAAUGAACAAACUCUCAAAAUGUCUAAUGAACUUUCAGCACAUGUACACACAUCUGUUAGCAAUGCUAUAAUGCUAUAGUUUAUGUAAUUCAUUGCGCUCCGUUUCUGGACAUCUAUCGUAGCUUGACCAUAACGGUGGAUAAUAUAAGUAAUCCCCGCUGUUGACUUCUUGCCAGUAUAGUGAAAAGAGCACACAAACAAAUUAUUCCAAGCCUUUUCAAACAGAUGUUCUUAAGUCAAUCCUUCUGUAGGCAGCCGACGGAAGAAGCAGCAUCUGGGACUGGAGCACUGUGCUUUGCGAGUGAAUUCUGAUCAUAACAUUGCUGUUUUAGAUAAAACUUUAGUUUCGCUUGGUUAAUAGGAUAACCAUUAACUGCACACAUUGUCUGGGGAAUUUUAAAGAUAUCUUACAACAUUUAAAAAGCAAGAAUCCAACCGCAUGACACGCAAGCAAGCAGAGACCGGCUGUACACAGAACACCAACCAAUCGCACUUCCGCUAGCCAACCGGAAAUUCCACCCACCUAGCGAAAUUCAAAUGGACUCACUGAGAAUAUUGUGGAUAACAAUCUUCUGCUUGACAAUUGACCCUUUGCUAAGCCCCGCCUUAAAAGCGCUUCUGACCAAUCCUGUUUUAGCAACUGUAGCCUUCCGCCAUUAUUCUGACACAGGUUUGCUAUUUUCCAAUGAAAGUCUCUGGAAGUACUGUGUGUUUGAGUACUUUUAAGUGGGAUUUUAUCAAAAUAAAAAAAACAAGACAUGAGUUACCCAGAGGGGAUACAUGCGGUGUUUCUCUUUCUUAAAAAAAUAAAAAAAAUAAAAAAAAUAUCUUUCAAAUAAAUCUGGAGAAGAACAUGUUAUGGAUUAAACUGUCAGCCUUCAUUCCCAAAUGAACAUAUAACAUCAGAAAUGACAACUACGUUUACUCCAAGGUAUAUUAAAGCUAAUAACUGAACGUUAAUACAUUUAUGUAUUGAUUAAAGUCAUAGUAAAAGCGUUAGUAAAUAAACAGUUCACAGUAUCAAAAUGAGUGUUAUGAGAUGUUAUAACAGCUCUGUUCACUUACGCUAAUGUUAUUAGAUGCGUAAUCGCUAUUAAAUUAAGUUUUUCUCUUUUCAAGUGACUGUAAUAAUCGUUUGCCUUGAUUUUUAUUCAUAGUCUCCACAGUUUUAAAUCAAAUUACUGUGUAAUUUAACAAUUUCUUUUACAAAAAACUUCUGAAAAACAAAUUAUAAAUGUCACUAUUCAUACCAGCCCGCGUAAAAUAUAUUAUCCAUUCCGUUUAUGAGAAUAUUUGGCAAAAAAAACGUGUCGUUCACAGCAAUCUCUUAUUCAUUCCUAUGGGGAGUUCUGCAGAGCUUGUCAGAGCGAGCAACCGUAACCAAGGGGGGAGGAGCUUAAAGAAGGGUCAAUUGUCUGUAUGACCAUGUUUCUGGAGCCAAAAUUGCGCAUUUAUGCUGUCUUCUGUAUUUUAAAUCAGUCUGUAUUUUGUUCAGUUUUUUGUUUUAAUUUUUUGAGAAUAAAUUUUUUAUGGUGUCUUAAGUCGUAGUCUUUUUAGUCUUCAUUUCAAACCUUGGAACUAACAGGCUUGGUGUUUCUUAAAACACCUUUAUAAUAAACCAAUAGUCUUUUCACACAUUUUACAGCCACACCUAACAGUCUAGCUUAUAACUAACACUUCAACUGAGUCACAUGAUCAAGCACAAUAUAUUCUCAGCCUGUUAUACAAGCAGCAAACAUUUCAAGGGAGCUCAUGAAUGGACUAUCUCCUCUGAUACUAUGAUUCUGGUCUUUAUGCCAAGAUAAAAAAAAAAAAUCAAAUACUAAACAUGGAGCUGCUCAGACCUUGUUUGUUCAUUUGUUUGCUGUCAAGCAUCUCUUCAACCACAAGCUCUGACCCCACCAAGUGGAAGGGUGGAGAUGGUGUGAAAAGAUCACGAGUGAGAAGACAGAACAGGAACUUUGCAAAUGCAGGACUCUUACUGGAAAAAACCUUUGCAGUCUAUGCUUUAUGCAGACUUCUGGACCAAGAUUUUGACAAUGCCAGUAUCAGCAUAACAUCAACACUCGGACCAGACAAACUGGAAUUUGUGACAUCCGAAGGGCCAAUCACAAAUACAAAUGGACAGAAUGAUCAAACAACUUCAAACACAACGGGAAUGACACAGUCAACAACGCCUCAAGAAUUAGAGAUUACGCCGAUCAGACAUCAGCAGACCAAUUCCACAAGCACACAGAACAAAUUGAGAGCAACUCCAACCUCAGCUGCUCUGCUCUCUAAUGUGAAGUCCAUCUAUACUUUCACUGGCACCACUCAAUCACUCCUAGACACCACAGAAGCUCCCCUGAACAACAUGGCGAUCACCUUUAAAGCAGUAGAGGAACCUUCAACAGCUACCACACAGGAUCAGAGUUAUGGCCUCAUUGGUAUGAUUGGAACAAAUGACUUGAUGCUUCUGACAUCUUUCCCCAUUGAUCUAUCAUCACCAGAGUCACAGAAAACAACUCAGUCAGGAGACCAACAACUAUUCGAACAACCAAUUAUACACUUCCAGACCAACAAACAGGAAGUUCCAGAAUCUAUUCAAGUUACAGAGCAUUACAUCCCUGAUUCCACUACAUUUGCAUCAAUUCCUAUUGAAAUCCCCUCCAAAGCAGCAGAGGAACCCUCUUUAGCAACCACACAUGAACAAAGCACUGGUUCCACUGAUACAACUUCUACAUUCAAAUCUUUGGUGUCUUUCCCCACUCGAUCAGGAGCACCACGAUUACUCGACCAAUCAACCCAACACUUCCAGACCCGCAAGCAGAAAAUUCCAGAACUCAGAAAAAUCAAUGAACAGUUCACCCCAGGAUCUACUCCAUUUAUAUCAACAGCCAAGAAAAACAUUCUAGAACCCACCUCAGUCAUGUCCAUCCCAGUCUCUUCCUCAAAACUGGCCACAAAACAGAGAUUUCCACAGGGUACUUCCCUUCAGACUGCAAUAGACCCACACAAUAUGGAACCAACUUUAUUUCCACAAACAAUAAAGCAUGUACAUUCAAAAACCACAUUGGUUAAGCCAGUGAUGAUUCAGGGAGUUUCAAAACAUGCUCUGCUUGCAAGAACCGAACAAUCCACCUUGAUUCCAUCAACACUCAAGCUAGAAAUGCAAGAUCCCAAAUCACACAUACCUUCUGUAACUUGGCAUGAUAUAAAACACACUCGACUCGUAAUGGAACGGCAAACUAAAGACCCCACUACACUUUUGCCAAUAGCUGAGAGCCCCAUUUCAGAAGCCAUUGCUUUUGAACCCACAUCAGAGGCAGAACACCAAAAACCCACACCGACAACAGAGCCUAAACAUUCACAUACUGAAAUAAACACACGGAUCAAUACAGCAAAAUCUUCAACUGCCAGUUUGAUAGAACCAUUCAUGACAAUGAAAACUCGCAUAUUAACAAAUGAUCCAUCAGUAAGCAGUAAAACAGCUUCCAUAUCAACACAUAGAACCUUGAAUGAGGAUCCUACAUUUGACUCAAAUAGACCAGGUGACACUUCUGUGACAUCUGUUGCGCCAGCCAGAACAUAUCAUAGUUCAAGGUUUACAGCUCUACCAAAGAUAGGAUUACUAACCAAAUACAGCCCAGUAAGUCAAAAAACACAUACACAGACACAGAAGACCACAAGCACUUAUUCAAUCCCUAUCAUCCAAACAAACAGGUCUACAGGCAGAAUGACGGUGUUCCAUACAAGUUACCAGUUAGUGGAGGGCACGUCAACUCAAGCUUCCACAAAUGGACUGCAAUCGUCCCAAACGGUUCCAGCCAUCACGGACAAGAUCACAAUGCCUAAUGCCGCACCAAGUCCAAAACCUUCAGAAAAAUCCUUCCCUACAACAUCAGUCUUGAGACAGGGAUUUCUGCCAUCAUCAAGAGCACAGAAAAUUCUAUCUUCGAUUUCAACUAAGUGGUCCAAUUUCAAUCCCACUGAAACAGCAGGCCCUCGAUCAGAGCAGGCAAAUCAAGGAUAUGCUGCAGGUAUUAUGUCAAAGGAACCUCGUAGCAGUAAUUAUCUGGAAAGUGACAUGGACAAAUCAACUCAAACCAUAAUGGGACAUAAACAGAGUAUGACUCUCAAAGCUACAACUAGUCAUCAUAUGUCAAAAACUCAAACCGUUUCAGACAGAAGAAAUCCCAAGAUAUUAGUUUUUCCCCAAACAAUCACUACGCACAAACCAGCCAAUGCCAUGAAUAAACACAACCUGGAGACCAGUGGAAGUGAUUUCAAAUUACUCUUUAUAGCUGGUUGCCUAAUUUUCCUGUUAAUAUUAAUCUUUAUUCUGGUAUUAUGGAAGAGAUGGCAGGCCCGGCACUGGAGGAACAACAUGUGGGUGGCAGGUCCCCCUCGUCUGUGGGGAAUGUAUCAUUCAGUCUCACAGAACAGCAGAUACAAUCCACACUCUUCAGUUGAAAUGGUGGAGGGGAACACCCAUAAGAGAAAACAGAAAAAUAGUUAUGUUUAUGAGAGUACUAGCCUCCAGCAACAACAUGAAAACAUUAUAUGAGAUUCUGAGGAUCAAAUUUUUUUUUUAUAUCACAGCCAACUAAGUUGUGUCCCAAAUUUCAAGUAAAUAAGUUAUAAAACACCAAAGUUCUUAGAAUUAUUGUAGACGCAGUACCAAAUGUGGCCACAAGAUGACAAAACAAAGCUUCAUUGUUCCAAGAGUGACAUACUCAUAUUUAAAUGCCUGUCAUUCUGAAAUGCUUGGAUCUAUAGACCUAAUUAUAGACUCUUUUUUAAAGGAGACAGUUAUUUUUGAAAUCAGUUAUUUAAGUUAUGGAAGUUUUAGUUUAUUGAAAUGAAAAUACAAUGCACUAAACUUUUAUUUCAUUUAUUAAAAAUAUAU